UGUGUUGUUCAUUCAUUAUAGCUUGGGAAGGUCUUGUGUUACGAGCUGCAGUACAGGUUGUAACAUGGAUACGAUAUUGAGUAUUAGCGUGGAACGCUGCAUCGAACUUUUUCGUUCGAUUCACGGGGAGAAGGUGUUAAUUCUGGACACUCGACCGUUUAUGUCUUUCAACACUUGCCACAUAGAAAACUCGACAAACGUACACUGCCCUCCAAUUCUAAAACGCAGAUCCGGGGGAUUCGUAGCUUUGGAGAACAUUGUUCCCUGUGAGAAAAAACGAGAGUGCCUCCUCCGUGGUGAUUUUACGACUGUGAUAGCCUACGAUCAAAACACGACACUACUAAGCGACGCCGCCCAGGAUUCGAGCCUGUACUCCGUGUUGAAAAGUCUGAACCAGCAGGUGGAUGUCCCAAACAUCUACUAUCUAGCGGGUGGUUUUGAUGCGUUUCAAGAUGUCUGUCCAGCAUUGUGCCUUAACCAAAGCGUAACUUCCGGAUACUUUCACAAUCGCAUAUUCCAGAUGACACCAAGGAAGACUGAACCGGUUGAAAUCCUGCCACACUUGUAUCUUGGUAACUACCAGCAUGCCUGUCAGGGUGAUCUGCUCAAAACGUUGGGAAUUACCUCCCUUAUUAACGUGUCAACGACGUGUCAAAAUCAAUUUGAGGCGGACUUCCGGUACAUGAACAUUCCCGUGAACGACACCUCUUCCGCUGAGCUGUUAUCGUGGUUUUCUCAAGCUAACGAGUUCAUUGAUGCAGUUAAAUUAAAGGAGGGAAAGGUGCUGGUGCAUUGUCAAGCUGGGGUGAGCCGAUCGGCCACCAUCUGUCUGGCCUAUCUCAUGUCUGCAAAUAGACUGUCCUUGGACAAGGCUUACGAACACGUCCGUGCCAGACGUGACGUCAUCGACCCGAAUCUGAACUUUAUGCAACAGCUGAAGAAUUUUGAGAUCCAGCUGACGGGAUCAAGAAACGUUAAGCAGAGCCAUCUCAUGCAGACGCCAGAUGAGACUAUCAGUGAUUUGACAUCAAAUGCGUUUCCUUCAAUGACGUCCACUUCAGAGUUCACUUUCAGCCCUCAGGAAUUUCCCUCAGACGCUUCAUCUUGCAGACCUUUGUCUUUCAGUCCUCAAGACUUCACUUUGGAUGCUGCAGCUAGCAGGUUUUCUUUCAACGUACAAGAAUAUACUCCAUUUUGCACGCCCUUACUUUCGCCUAGCUAGCGCAAAGUGUGGAACUGAUUUAGGUCAACGUCGUACCUGAAAACAAAUACACUAUGUUCAUGUGGUGUUAUGCUUCAGAUGUCUCUCAUCAUAGUUGGUAAACUCUUUGUGUGGUGCAAUAUGAUAUUUCGGAGGAAGACAUUUCAACAAACAUACGAAAUUGGUUUAUUGUAAGACUAUAUUUACUAUGAUGAAAAAAAGGUUUCAGUCAUGAGGUACCAAAAGCCUAACUUUCACGAAUACUUGAAGCCAAUAUUGGAUGUCAAUUGGCAAUCCUUGACGUGUUAUUGAAGAUAUUGCGCAAUACCGGUUACUGUAAUACCUGAGGAAAACAUCUGUUCAUUAUUUUGGAGACGAAAGACCUAGAGAUAAUUAUCAAUUAUUUUCUGUGCCUUUGGUUUACGAAAACCUUAAUCCGGCUCUAUAAGCAGUUUCAUGGUUUCUGAGUUUUGAAGUGACUCUAGAUUCACUUGUAUUCAUGUGUCACUGAAUAUUCAUUCGUUAACAUAUAAUCCAUACAUCUAUGUCGAUUCAUGUACGGUCAAUGCAUACUAAUAGUAUUUUAAAUGGUGCUAUGUUAUUGUGGUGCUAAAUUCUCAGGGACUUAACGAAAGUAAUAUGGAUUUUUUAAUACUGUACAUGUAUGUUAAACACUUGUCUGUCUAUUAGUUACUAUUCUUGCUUGUAUUCAUGUGUGGUUAAAUCACCAAGUCAUGGGUACACAGCUCGGCUACAAGACAAGGUUUAAUGGUUGUUAGUAAAAAUAGAACUUGGUGUGCUUUUCCCUCCCAAGUCGUUAAAAUUAACUGAGCUGCGAACAUAGCACCUACCAAUCAUAAGGUCGGCGACUUAGCAACUAUGUCACCGAUGCCAAUGUUAAACCGUUGUGAACUGUUACUGGACAGAAUAGCGCCGAACGCUUUGUAUAAGCUCCCAGGGCUUAAAGGAUAAACAUAAGCGUGCGAGGUGUGUGUGUGUGUGUGUGUGUGUGUGUGUGUGUGUGUGUGUGUGUGUGUGUGUGUGUGUGCGUGUGUGUGUGUGCGUGUGUGUGUGCGUGUGUGUGUGCGUGUGCGUGCGAUGAGGGGGGUGUGUGUCAAUUACCCUCACCCAGUGCUGGAGCAUAACGUCACAUUCAGACGAAAACUAUGGAAAGGUUUAAGCAAAAUGAGCUGGCGUCAACAUGUUUUCGCCAUGUAUUUUGAUCAUUUUACUCAAAAUAUUAGUUAUAACCAUUGUGAAAAUGAGCGGUGUUUCGUUUGGAACCUUAUAUAGCUGUUGUUAUCCAUAUUUAGGCAUUUUCGUUUAAUUUGGGGGAAAAUCAGCCCGCCCCUCCCCUCCCCAACAAAAAUGGGAACUCGUACGCCUAUUCGUGAAGAAAAAACAUACACGAAAUUACGGCGUUUUUGGUUUAAUAAUGCACCCUUUUUCAUCUCAAUAUUGAAGAUAUUUAUACAUCAACAGAAGUAUUCGAUCUAUUUUUUUCUACUUGGAGAAGUCAUAUAUUUUUUUUCACAGCCUUCAUCUCCCAAUUAUUUCAGACUAAAUACGGCACUGCUUUCUUCCGUCCAUUUGAUAAAUGUCGCAAAAUUCAAUGCUCCCUGCUGGUUUGUGCGAAUGACUGCUCAUCUAUUUAUACACUGUAAAUAUAAAUGCUCAGAAUAAAUUACCAGCACAAAUAUUUGUAUUGAAAGUGGAAAUGACGUAUACAUGUUUGGCAGCUGUAGAUAACAAGACUUAUAAAUAAUACCUCAGUCAUUAAGGGUUAAUUUCAUUCAUAUUUUUAUAUUUUACAAUCUUCUGUCUUAGUUCAUUUUUUUCUUUAUAUGUUUUAUUUAAUUUUUUUCACAUGUAAAGGUAGAUAACUUGAGACUAAAGGCGGCGCCACACGAAACGAGUACCUCGUACGAGAAUAGUUGUGACAAGGAAAUAUUACAAUUUCAUCGGCUGCUAUGCAAUCGGUUAUUGUCGUGGCUAUUCUCGUACAAGAUACUCGUAUCGUGUAGCGUCGUCUUAAUCUAGUACUCAUACUUGCGAAACAUGACGAAAAAUUAUACUUCUUUUGACACCUCAUCUCAUUUUAAACUAUGGUAGUAGUAUAUUUAACGAUUACAAUAUUCUACUUGUGGCUAUUUGGUCUCUACUGGUUAUGUGUGCUAAAAGAAAUUGGUCUAUUCAGACGCUUUGUCUAAAUAGACGACGUAGAUUUUUAGUUUCCAGACCGUUCAAGAAAUGUUGUUAAGCUAAUUUGAAACAUUUGCUUGCCGAUUUGGUUCUGUUAAUAGCACGUACAUAAUAAAAAAAAUUACGCACAAAGUAACAGUGGAUUUGAUGUGACUGACGAUGCAUAUUUGGUGAUUUUCAAUCAGAUUGUUAAACAUCGGCUCCAUUGGUCUAUAAAUGUUAGAGCCGAUUUCAAUCAUAUUUGGUAAUUUGUGCAAUUUGAAAAAAGAAUGAAAAUGUUGUGAUAUUUAUUUAUUUGAAUGAAAAAUAUAUUUAUUUGAAUGAAAAAUAAAUUUGAUAUAUUAUUACCUUUG